GCUGCUGAGAACUAGCCCUAGACCUCCGCGUGAGGGUUCUUCUGCCGAAGACAUCACCAGUGUGUGGAGCCUGCCCCACACCCACCCGCUGCCAAACCACGGCCUUUACCUGUGUCUUCCGGUGUUUCCCGUGCGACCCAUCCUGUGGGAGUGCCUCGUGGGCUGCCCCAGAGUUCACCCCACACUCAGCAGCGCCAAUGGUGAAGAUGACAAGAUCAAAGACUUUCCAGGCAUAUCUGCCUUCCUGCCACCGGACCUACAGCUGCAUUCACUGCAGAGCUCACUUGGCCAAUCAUGAUGAACUAAUUUCCAAGUCGUUCCAAGGAAGUCAAGGACGAGCAUACCUCUUUAACUCAGUAGUUAAUGUGGGCUGUGGGCCUGCAGAAGAGCGAGUGUUGCUAACAGGACUGCAUGCAGUCGCAGACAUUUACUGUGAAAACUGCAAAACCACUCUGGGCUGGAAAUACGAACAUGCUUUUGAAAGCAGCCAGAAAUAUAAAGAAGGCAAAUACAUCAUUGAACUAGCACACAUGAUCAAGGACAAUGGCUGGGACUGAUUGGACAGCAUCUACCCAACCCAGUGUCCACGUGAACGCCAUUCAACUGAACAUUCUUCCCAAGCGUGAGAGAGUGACUGACACUUGGUUCCAUCCAUUUAGGGGCCUUGCCAUCUGGGGCAUCCUCCCACCCUGACGCCAUCUUUCUGGUGACCGGCCUCUAAAUCGCUGUCUCUCUGUCUCUUUGCUUUGUAUCUGUUUGUGAGUUGAUCCUGGCUUCUCUCUCUGUUCUAGUUUUGGCUGAAAACAAAACAACAAAAGGAACAGAUCCUUGACCGCAUGGCGGCAGCCCACCUUGGUAAGGGCCCCAGGGCCCGUGCGAGAGCUGCCUGAUGGCCUCUUGUCAGGAGAGCAGUGGCAUGGGGGCGUGAGGAAGAGGGAAAGGGGAAACUGUUAAGGGUCCUGGCGCGGGGAAGGGGUGGAAGGGUGUGGAGGUAGGAACAAAAUUGCGCUGCUCCUGCAGACCUGAUAACUUAGGCUUGAAAUAAUUGACUUGACUAAAAGGACAAA